UUCUGCACAGUCUCCAUGGCGUUUGGCUGUGCACACCACGCAGGAAGAGGACGACGGGGAGCUUCAGAUGGAGAACCGAGAGCGACCUCUCCUCAACUCGAAGCCUCCGCACUUCUGCAUUCGCCCCCGAACGAGGAGGAAGUGGGAGAGCUGACUUCCUGCUGCUCGAACAGACACAACAUGGCUGCUCCCAGACGUGUUGUGGAUCACGGCCUGCAGGAAGAAAGAGCGAAAGAAACAAUGGAAACAAAGGAAGUAGUCCACUGUGCUCUUCAGCUAGAGAAGUUGGCUGCAGAACAAAGCUGCGGCAGCAUCGUGACGCUGCUCGGUGACCUAGAGAAGUGUAAAAUGUCUCCGGAGCAGCUGGAGACGACGGACAUUGUCAAAGUGCUUUAUAAACUCCUGAGAACCUGCACGGAGAGCGGCGUGAGGAUAGCAGCCAAGAGUUUGCUGUCGAGGUGGAAGAGACAGUACAGCAGUGAAGGGCGGGAGGUUAAAUGUUGCGAUAAGGCGACCGAUUCUGGAAACCCCUGCAUGGUUUCUUCAGAGCAGACAGGGGAUAGCGGGGUUCCAGCUCAAACGUGUGGAAAUAAGGAGGAGAGUGCACCAGAACAGGAACGUCUGGUUCCCACCACAGAGAAAACGUCUGCCUCUCCUGACUCCACGAGAGCCAAAUGUGUUCAGCUCCUGCUGGCCGCCCUCCGCCCUGAACCUCCCGAUGAAGACAAAGCAGCAGAGCUGGCUGAAGGCAUCGAGCGGCACAUCCACAAGCUCCACGGCGCCAACCGCCUCAAAUACAAAGCCUGCGUGAGGAGCAAGGUGGCCAACCUGAGGAACCCCAGAAGCGGCCACCUACGGCAGGGCGUCCUGCACGGCUCCCUGGCCCCAGAGGCCUUCGCCCGGAUGUCCGCGGAGGAGAUGGCCGGCGCCGAGCUGCGGCGGCUGCGGGAGGAGUACUCAUCUCGAGGCGUGAGCGAGAGGCAGCUCCCCCGGGGGCCGGAGGGCACCCCCACGCAGAAGAUCCGCUGCAAAAGAUGCGGAGGGUCGGACUGCAGGGUGACGCAGGUGUCCCGAGGAGCGCUGUUCUUGCCCGCGUGGGUGAGGCGCGGCGGCCCCGACGACGACGCCAUGACCUUCGUGACGUGCGGCGGGUGUGGCCAGCAGUGGUACCACAGCGGCUGGGUGUGCCUCUGAAUCUGAGCGGCAACAGAGAACUGCUUAAUGAAUGUCUGGCGAGGAAUUUAAUAAAAAACAUAAAUGCUUA